AUGAAUCUAGCAUCCCUUCAACUUCUCUUUUGUUUUCCCCUGACCUGGGCUUCCCAGUCACCAUGCCCGUCGCCAAUCAUUGUCUGGGCCUUAGGAAACUGCACGAUUAUAGCCGCGGACGAAGUUAAUGAUAUCCACUCCUGGGGUAUCCGGCUAGGCGUGGAGGAUCACGGUGAUCUCUGCCUCAGCCCAUCGACAGUCGUCAACCACACCUUUCUUACAACCGAUGACAUAUGCGGUCCCGACCAGCUUGACGUCCAGGGGGUGCCCAUGACGCUCAGGCAAUGUCGUUCCAGAAGGGGAGGGUCCGUUCCCCCUAAUCUGCUGUCCGUUGUCUCAGUCGACGGCCUGGAUCCAAACAAUCCGGGGUGGACAAAACUGGGCAAUUCGAUCGAGUCCGCGGCGCAGGCCACGCUGAGGUGGCUCGGUCAGUCGGUUACGAUGACCGUGGGACUGAUUACGCGGGGCCAACAGUCUACGACUUCACACUUGGGCCUUGCUUCUGGCGCUGUGCUGUUGGAGACUUUGAAGAGCCUCGGCUUAAUCGGCAGGCGGUCCUGGGGGCUUAAUGUCGGAUCCCAAAGUGUUCUUCACCCCAGAAGCGGCAGCUUGGUCUUGGGAGGAUAUGACGUUGCGAGCGUUGCAAGCAGUGGCUUCUCGGAGUUCACCGUCUCGAAUCCCGACGCCAUGAACGAUAGGAAUUGCCCGCUUCAGGUAACCGUCUCGGAGAUGUCGCUAAACGCGAGAUCAGCCGACAGACAAGGGGGUAACCGGACAACAUACAUGAGCAGCGCGAUUAUCGAAAGGGCAGGUGGUAUGAAGUUUUGUAUCGAGCCAUACGAUAACUUGUUUCGCAUGCCGGAGAACAUGGUCAACGACGUUGAAGAAUUCUUCAAAGCAGUUACUGGUUAUGGCGGUGACGCUGUGGAUCCUAGCGUCUACAAAGACAAUCUGCUCAAUCUUGAGCCGGGACUGGUCUAUCCUGCGAGUGCGGGCUCCUUUGAAGGAACGAUGCGACUGACACUCGAGGACAAGUUGACCGUGGAUAUCCCUUUCUACGAACUGCUGAGACCGCUAAGAGGUCUCGACGAGAAUGGAAGUCUGGUACUCCAUCCAGAGUAUAACGAACUUCAAGUGUUUCGCGAAGAGGCACCUGGAGAUGCUCCCGUUUUGGGAAAAGCCUUUCUCUCGCAGGUACUAUUAGUGGCUAAUGGUGCACAUGUGACCUUAUCUUGCUGA